AUGCCAGAUCCUUCUCUAAGCGCAUCUAGCCAGGACCCCGGAAAACAGGCAAGUCACACUGUUUCCUGUAGAAUCAGCGGUAUCUCGGCGCAUGGCAAGGCUAGUGGAACUGGUGCCUACGAUACUGUAGAUGACGAGCGCGCGCCCAAGUGUUUGUCCCCUGACCUCAAUCUUACCAGCCCAGAGUCGUUCGACGAGUCGAGCCCGCACCAGCCUCCCAACAGUCGUGAGCUGAAACGCUUCUCCGGGCCCCCCAACGCACGGGCAGCGUUCAAUUCGCCUCCUAUAUCUCCUCCUGCUAAACCGUUCGUGACACACUCUAUUGAGCGCUCAGUUUCUCCUUCAUCUGUGGAUGCAGCAGCAGCACUACUCACAUUGAGUAUCAAGCAUGGACCCACAAACUCCGUCCGCAAUGAUUUGGGAGCUGAUGAAAUUCUCGAUCGAAUACAAAAGAACCUCGAGAAUGCCCAUGUAGCUGUUCGUGGUGACGAUCACCGUAAACGCAAGUUUCUUCAGAUUUUACAGUCUGCGAUAGGCGUAUUGGCUUCCGAAUCUGCGUCGGUAAGCCCCAAAACACCCAAAGCCCACCCUGAAGGGCCCUUACGUCCGCUAAGUGCGAAUAUCCCAGCGCGUAACAAUCAGAAUAGCCUUGACCACUUCAAAUGGCAGCGCCAGGACUUCACAGCUACCAAAACGCCGUUGCAGAAGCCCAUUCUUGGGCUUCCGCCCCAUGGUACGAACUAUAUGCCAUCUUCUUCUAGCGCAGGUCCUGCACCACCCGUUACACCCAGCACCCCGUACAACCAUGGUGCUGCGCCUUUAACACCGAUUCACUCUAUGAUUCAGCCCCAGGUUUAUCCCCCGCCGAUGUAUUACGGCUAUAAUGCUCCUCCACAGCAAGGGCCAGGCCAGCAUCCUCUUCCUGCCAUGCAGCUCAGCCCUGACGCUGCGCCCAAAACCGACAGAUCGGAUGAUCCAAAAUACACGAGCGGAAACAGCAUCUUGAGCAGUUCAUCCGCGUACAAGCGUCGUCGUAAGCAGCGGAAGACUACUAAAUGUCACGAAUGUGGCACCACAGAGACUCCUGAGUGGAGAAGAGGGCCCGAUGGUGCGCGCACCCUAUGUAAUGCUUGUGGACUCUAUCAUGCUAAGCUUGCUAAAAAAUGGGGGAGCGCAGAGGCUACUGAGCUUCUCAAAGAAAGGGCCUCUCAACGAAAGCGGCCUGUUUGGUAG